AUGGACCUCCACCGAACACCCGAGAUGGUAGCAUGCCGAGCCUUUCCACUUACCCUCUCGGGUAACGCCCGCGACUGGUUUAAGAAACUUCCACCGAACUCCAUCCGUCACUUCGACGACCUCGGAAGGAUGUUCCUCACGCAGUUCAUGGCCGGGAGGGUCAGGAGAAAGCCAUCUGGAUCCAUGAUGUCACUACAUCAGGGACCCGAGGAGUCUCUCAAAGACUUUUUCAUGAGGUUCAACCAGGCGCGGUUCGAAGCAGAGGCAGCAACCAAUGACUUUAUAUACGGUGCCCUUUUUCAGGGAAUCCGAAAGGAUGGAGCUCUCAUGGCUGAUAUAGCCCGAAAGCCUCCUCAAAAUAUGGAUGGCUUCAUGAGUAAAGCCGAGAAGUACAUCAACCAGGAUGAAACGCUCCAAGCCCUAUUGGGAUCCGAGCAGACUCACCCGUCCACUUCUGAGCGCCAGAAGAAGAAAAAAGAUCCUCGAAAAGAAGAACGUAGGCGUGUUUCGGAAGGAGAGGAGGGAAUACCAAAGCGAGACCGGGAGUCGCUCCGAGAUCACAACCGGACACCCCUCAACGCUCCCAUCAUGGAUGUUCUCCUGGAGAUAAAGCGAGACCUGAUGUACCGAAAGCCCCGUCCAGUACUUAUAAACCCGAAUUCACUGUAUGCAGAUCAGUAUUGCGCUUUCCACAAUACUACCGGGCACCGUACCUAA